AAUACAACAAGAGGUCACAUACACAUACCUUCCUCUCUCUCUUUCUGUCUCUCUCUGCAUUGCACCUUCCCUUCUUCUUCUCCUUCUUUUCUCUGUCAUUUGUGAGAUUCCUCCACUUGUUUUUUUCUCUUCCAUUGGAUUGUACAGAUUCCUAGCUACAACACCCAGAUAUCAAUCUCUGUAAUUCUAUUUGAUUUGUGGGGUGUUUCUGUGAAUUUUUUUUAAGGACUGUAAAACUCAAAACCUUUUUUUUUUGGGUCUAUUGGCUUCUGCUUCUUUUAUUUUUGCAAACUAGCUUCUGGGUUUGCUGCAGAAUAAAGCCUUCAAUACCCACUAAUACACAAGGCUUAAAAAACAAACUGUUAUAUUUUCAGAAAAUUUCCAUUUUUUUUUCUUUUUGUCAAUAAAUUAUUUUUUUGCCCCCUUUUUUCUGCAAUUUUUUUCUUCUUCCCUUUACUUGAGGAAAAGAUUGAGACAUGGGCAAGCAAGGGCCUUGCUAUCACUGUGGAGUUACAAGCACUCCACUUUGGCGUAAUGGGCCACCUGAGAAGCCAGUACUAUGCAAUGCAUGUGGAUCUCGAUGGAGGACAAAGGGAACACUUGCAAAUUAUACCCCUUUGCAUGCCCGGGCAGAAAAUGUUGAUUAUGAGGAUCAAAAGGUUUCCAGGGUAAAGAGCAUUUCAUUAAAUAAGAACAAAGAAGUGAAAUUAGCCAAACGAAAGCAAAACUAUGAUAAUGCUGCAUCUGGAGGGUUUGUUCCUGAUUAUAGUCAAGGAUACCAAAAAGUUGUGGAUGAAGAUACAAGCAAUAGAUCAAGCUCAGGGUCAGCUGUCUCUAACUCAGAGAGCUGUGCUCAAUUUGGUGGGACUGAUGCUAGUGAUUUGACAGGUCCUGCUCAGUCAGUGGUCUGGGAUGCCAUGGUGCCUUCCAAAAAGAGGACAUGUGCAGGUCGUCCGAAGCCCUCAUCUGUUGAGAAGCUCACAAGAGACCUGUGCACUAUUCUUCAUGAACAACAGUCUUAUUUUUCUGCAUCUUCUGAAGAGGAUCUUCUUUUUGAAAGUGAUACACCAAUGGUCUCUGUUGAGAUAGGACAUGGAAGCAUUCUCAUCAGGCAUCCUAGCUCUAUAGCUCGUGAUGAAGAGUCUGAGGCUAGCUCUCUCUCAGUUGAUAAUAAACAAUGCCUAAUGAAUGAAGCAUAUUCAUUUUCUAGUACCAUUCCUAUGUACAGUGAUCGCAGUGGCAUGAACUUCUCAUCUCAUGGAGUUGAAAAGAUCAAAAACUCAGCAGGCCAAAUCAUGAAACAAGAGAAACUUGAAAGGGACAAGUCUCAGCUUGAAAAACUACAAGUUCCUGGAAAUCAUGAUUCACCACUGUGCUCAAUAGAUUUAAAUGAUGUAGUCAACUAUGAGGAGUUUAUGAGAAACUUGACAAAUGAAGAGCAGCAGCAAUUACUGAAGUAUCUCCCGGUGGUUGAUACUGCUAAAUUUCCUGAUAGCCUUAGAAACAUGUUCAAUAGCUUCCAAUUCAAGGAGAACUUAAUCUAUUUUCAGCAACUUCUUGGGGAAGGAGUCUUUGACAUCUCUUUGUUGGGGGCAAAACCUGAAGAAUGGAAGACAUUAAAAAGGCUUGCGUUAUCUAAUCUGUCAAAGUCAAAAUGGGUAGAACACUAUAAUUUCCUGAAGAAAUGUGAAAACAAAUCUGGAAAAUCUAUUGGUUUGGGAUCUACUGCUAUGGAAUCUAGUUAUGUUACAACUGCCAAGAGAAUGCGUGAGCAUGACAGCCAAAAUCAAAAUUUUCCAGAAUUGAAGACAACAAUGAGAAGCCCCAAAAGGGUGUUCAUAAAGCCUAGCUGUGAGGUCAAAGAAGUUGUAGAAGAAGGCUCUAGCUUCAGUCCAAAAAGCCUAUUUGCUUUACCCCAUGGUGUUGGUAGCUUGCACAUGUUGGAUUCUUUCAACUUUGUUGGUGAGAGUUCUGAAGAUCUGCUGUUAGAGGUGCCUUCUAACAGUUCUUUUCCACAGGCAGAGCUUCUGCACCCAUCUUUAAGCUAUGGUGCUCAGGUCAGCACCACUAGUAGCUCAGUACACUCUCUUGUUACUCAUCCUUAACUAAUCUUUACUAGGUUACUUGGAUGGGUAUGGACACAAUAUUUAGUCAUAAUAGGGUUCACAUGUUUUGCAUCUGAAACACCAAAAUUCCUGUACAAGAGAUAUCAUGGUUGUGUUUUUGUUUCCUUGCAACCUUGAGCUUGGAUUUACAAAGGAUGGAAGUUGAAUGGGCUUUUUUUUUUUUUUGUAUAGAUUGGUAAUAGAUUGUAACAUAUAGCAUGAAAUUCGGAGUGAUCAUCUCCGGAGUUUUGUAUGCAGUUGUAGUUUAUGUUUUGUGAAUGAUUCACACCCUUUUAUUUCCCAAUAGGUUUAAAUCAUAACUCUCCAAACUUUUAUCUAAAUAAUAAGAUGACACAAGCUUUAUGGGA